AUGUAUCGAAGUACUAAACGGCUUCACGCGACCAAGAUUUUCAUUCUCUUUUUCCUAUCAAAGUCGCUAUUCUCCAUCUCUUCCCGUCGCCGCCUCCGUCGAUUUGCGUCGUACAGAAGCUAUACUGGUUGUGCUAAAAUGGAUACAAAAGUGGUGCAAGGUAGUGUGUUGGCAAUCACAGACAAUGUCGUGGUGUCACUGGAUGAAGUUUUGAAUGCUGUAAGAAUGGUCAAGAAGGAGGUGGUUCAGGAUUUUAAUCCUUUGAUUAUCAAUCAAGCUGCAUCACUAAGUUCUUUGGCAGUGGAUUCAUCAUCCACUGAUUUUGUGAUAUCCAUCUGUAAGUCAUCAGAUUUUCCUGGUGAUAAGCUGCUGGAGGAAUUGUCACGGGUGUUGAAGCCUGGUGGAGAAGUAUUUUUCCAUCACACUUGUGCUGCUGCUGCCAGGGAGACAACGAAAUCUUCUCUCAAGCGUAAACUAUUGGUUGUAGGGUUUUCAGAUAUAGAGGUGGUUGAGAUUGCAGAAGCACAAUCUUUUGGGAUUAAGGCUAAGAAACCUACCUGGAAGAUUGGUUCUUCGUUUUCUCUUAAGAAGCCAGUGAAAAGCUUACCUAAAGUCCAGAUUGUUGAUGACAUGGAUCUUAUUGAUGAGGACAGCCUGUUAUCUGAAGAGGACUUGAAGAAACCUCAGCUCCCACCUGUUGGUGAUUGUGAAGUUGGAAGCACAAGGAAAGCAUGCAAAAAUUGCUCAUGUGGACGUGCUGAAGAAGAGGAGAAAGUGCAAAAGCUGGGAGCGACUAUGGACCAGUUGGAGAACCCCAAGUCAGCCUGUGGCAGUUGUGGACUAGGUGAUGCAUUCAGGUGUGGCACAUGCCCUUACAAGGGUCUUCCUCCUUUCAAACUGGGCCAGAAGGUGACCUUGUCUGAGAACUUCCUUACUGCAGACUUCUAGGCUUUAUCAUAUUUUAUGUCUGUCUAAACAAAAUACACCACUCAGAGAGAGGGAGAGAGACUGAAUGCAUACAAACAAGAGCAGUGUGAAGCAAGCAAUAUCAUUUGCAUGUUAUGUUUUGUCUGGAUUUUUUUAAACUCAGUUUUCCAGUUCAUACCCAUCCAUCUAUAU